CUUCCGUCUUUCUGCCUGUAGUCAUGGAUGUGGAGGGCGGUAGCGGACGCAGCAACAACCAGAGGAACAGGCGGACGUCAAGUGUGAGACUGUUGGCUUCACACCCCAGUUUAAACUCCCGCCCCUGCGCCGGUUUUGUUAACUUCUUGACACGCAUGUCGCAGGCACAGACUACCGGGUUUACUCGUUUCAGUUUUUAAGUUACUUGUACUCUACUGCCAGCUAAUUUGCAUGUCCGAGAAGCGACUCGGAUAUAAAGGAACACCGGUUUUUCGGGAAAAAUAAAAGAAUAGUAAUAAAUUCAGGAGACGACUGCGGCGAUGAGCGGAGCUGGCCGCUUGUUGCUGUGCCUGGAGCAGUGGAGCCGCAAUCCAGUGUUGCACACCACGGGUAGAAUCCGCGGCAGAGGACUUGGUCGUCCCGUGGCGUGUUCUGUCCGAGCCAACACGACGGAGAGGAGGUCCGAAUAUCAGUGGCGGAAACCGGCAGGAUUUGACACGGGCCUGCUGGUCUACAACAGCCUUUCGAAACGAAAGGAGCCGCUCAUACUGGCGAGGGAAGGAACUGCCACCUGGUAUAGCUGUGGCCCAACUGUCUAUGACCAUGCACAUCUUGGCCAUGCGUGCUCCUAUGUUAGAUUUGAUAUUCUGCAGAGGAUUUUAAAGAAAAUCUUUGGAAUCAACAUCAUCCAUGCUAUGGUGAUCACAGAUAUCGAUGACAAAAUUAUUAAAAGAGCAUCUGAGCUAAAUAUAUCUCCCCAAGUUCUGACUCAACUAUAUGAAAAGGAAUUUAUGAGUGACAUGACAAAACUAAAGGUGCUUCCCCCUACUGUUUACAUGAGAGUUACGGAGAACAUCCCUCAAAUUAUUGCAUUUGUUCAAUGUAUUAUCAAUAAUCAGCAUGCAUACGCAACUCCUGAAGGUAAUGUUUACUUUGAUGUCAAAUCCUUUGGAAAUCGCUAUGGAAAAUUGAUGAAUGUGCAAAACCUAAGUGGAGAGCCAGGUGAAACAGAUAAGAGGGACCCAAGAGAUUUUGCCCUGUGGAAAGCAGCCAAACCACAUGAGCCAUAUUGGGAGGCACCAUGGGGGAAAGGAAGACCUGGUUGGCACAUUGAAUGUUCAACAAUAGCAAGUUCUGUGUUUGGAAAUCAUCUCGACAUUCACAGUGGUGGAGUAGAUUUGGCCUUUCCACAUCAUGAAAAUGAGAUUGCACAAUGUGAAGCUCAUCAUCAGUGUGAACAAUGGGGAAAUUACUUUCUUCAUUCAGGUCAUUUGCAUCUUAAAGGAAGUGAGGAGAAGAUGUCAAAAUCUUUAAAAAACUUCAUCACAGUUAAGGAUUUCUUGCAGACCUUUUCAGCAAAUGAAUUUAGAAUGUUCUGCCUCCUGACAAAAUACAGAUCAGCUGUUGACUACAGUGAGGCCAGUAUGAAUGGAGCCAAAAGCCUGCUGAAUUCCAUUUCUUCGUUUUUUAAUGAUACUAAUGCUUACAUAAAAGGACAGCUGUUAUGCCAGGACAUUGAUGAAAGUUUCUUGUGGGAAAGGUUAUCCCAGGCUAAAGUAAAUGUUCAGCUUGCACUAGCAGAUGACUUUGACACCCCAAGGGCCAUUGAUGCAAUUAUGGGCCUCAUUCACCAUGGCAACCGGCAGCUUCAGGCUGUUACCAAGGAAGACGCAUGCUGUAGAAGCCCAGUAGUUUUUGGAGCAAUUACUUCUUACAUAGAGUGCUUCCUGGAAUCGGUUGGUGUGUCAGUUACGGAGAAUAAGCUCAGAUCUGGUGAAAGUAUUGGUGGAAAUCUACACGGUGUGGUGGAGCAAUUAGUGACUUUCCGAAGAAAUGUUAGGAAUUAUGCCUUGGCUACAGAUGUUUGCGAAACAACAUCAAGGGAUGACCGAUCCCAACUGAAGGAGCAAAGACGACGACUGCUGCAAGAGCGGGAGCCCCUCCUGAAAGCCUGUGAUGUACUACGGCAGGAUAUGGCAUCUCUUGGAAUUGUUAUAAAGGACAGAGGAAACACCUCCACGUGGGAGAUGGCAGAUAGUAACAAAGAAAGUUUGGAGAAAAAAGAGACGUGAGAAGACUUGGCAUUGCACCGCCAGAGCUCUGGAUAUGAAGCUGCUCCUGACAUCCAUAUGCUGGUACCUCCUGUGUCAAACAGAGAAGCUCUCAAUUGAGUUCCAGGUUUAUCUCUGAGGAGUUUGUCGAUUGGGACAUGCCAGUGAUGGCUGGUGGAUCCAGUCGGCCCUCUCAAAGCCAUAGGAUCUGUGCUGUCUGGACUUGCUAUUGCUUUUCUAAUAAAAUAACCCAAUUA